AUGCCUACUCGAAGGCGGGAUUCAGACGAAGAGUCGCAGUCACGAUCGCCUUCUCUAGCCCCACGAGCAGCACAAUCGCAUCGAGACCUCACCGUGCGAGAACGGGAAUCCAGUCGCUCUGUUUCGGGGUCAAAGCGAAAGCGAGCGGAUACACAAAAUGGCGAGAGCUCAAAUCAUAGAAGACGGACAGCUAAACCUUCUCAUGACAGCCACGACGACAGUGAUGAUGACGAUAUAUACGACCCCGACCAGCCAUUGGAAGAGCGUCGUAAAGUCCAACAGGGAUUCCGAGACUUGCUCCGCGAAGUGACAGAGAACACGGAAGAGUACCUGCAAGCCGAUUCGCGUGGGAUUUACGACACUAUUAUUCGUGCGAAUGAACUGUCAAAGAAAGUACGGCAGACGACCGAAGCCACGAUAGACUCACGGUUACUUGUCAGCACGACCGAUCUGUCUUAUAGAAAGACUUUGCGGUUAACUCAAGGAAGCCUUUCUCAAGGCGUGGAUGUAGAUGAGUUUGUGUCAAAAUGCAUCACGUAUAUGAGACAUGGAAGAGGAAUUAUAGAUGACGAUGCCCCCGAGCUUUCGAGCACUCAACGCCAGAGAAGACGAACUACAAGAGCCGACGAAAAUGGGGACGAUGAUAUUGGCGACGACGGUGACAUGAUGAACUGGCCUCACCUUGGCCGGUUUUCCGCCUUACCGUAUAUCCGUCGCCCUGCUCUACCUGGGUUCCUUCUUGGUCCCCUAUCAGUCGAGAAGAAAGCUCGAAAAAUUGCCAAGCGAAGUGCGCCGUUCAGGCCAAACAACUUGACAGAAACUCGCCCGGAAGUCCUCAAUGUCGAAGAUUUGACUCACAAAGAGAACGAUCUCACAGCAAUCUGCAGCAAGAUCCUCCAUCAAUUACAAAGAAUUCAAGCCCACCUUCAACAAACCGUAUCGGACAGUAUUAAUGACGAUAUGGACGAUGAAGAGAGGGACAGAAUCAUGCACCAGUAUGGUCUCCGCAGUACUGGCGGCAUCGACUUGAUGCGCUUCGUUGUGAACCCUAAAUCGUUCGGCCAAACUAUAGAGAACAUGUUCUACGUCAGUUUCCUUAUCCGAGAUGGCCGUGUGGAAAUCGAAUUUGACGAGUUUGGCCUUCCCGCUCUAGCCCCGGUCAAUAGAGAGGACGUCGAAGAAGAAGAAGAGCCAACACGCCACGGAGCAGCAAAGCACCAGGCAAUCUUAUCCAUGGACAUGGAGACCUGGCAAGACAUCAUAGACACUUUUGGCCUGACAGAACCCAUGAUCGCACACAGGAAGGAUGUAACAAAUUCAGGGCCCGGCGCUAGGGGAUGGUACAGCUGA